AUGUCCUACCGUUUUGCCUAUCCGAAUGGUGGAGCUGCACUUGGCUAUAAUGUUGAUCCAACAUUGAUGUCGGCUGGCUAUCCGAACUCAUACGAUGAUCGCCAAAGUUCCUAUUCACCGGAAUCGUUCUCAUCAGAUACUGAGAGUACAGACAGUUAUGAAUAUCGAGGUCGAAUGAUUACACGAGAAAUGAAAUGUCCACGUGACGUAGUACGCGCUCAAACACCGCCCCCGAUCAUUAAACGUGUCGUCGAACGCGCUCCAACACCUGAAGCACUUGUCAUGGAACGUGUAAUUAUUCGGCCACAGCCCCAGGAGAUCGUCGAGCGUGUUAUUGAACAACCACGUACACCACCACCACGCAUUAUCGAGAAAGAAAUGCAUGAAGAAGCACCGCCACCAAUUGUUCGAACACGAGUAAUCAAAGUUGAUCGACCAGUUCGUAGCGGUUUCAGUCAACCAGGCUCACCCUACAGCAAUCCUUGCAAUGCACUACCAUCCUUUUCCAAUGGUAUGAUGGCUUCGGGUAAUCCCUAUCAUACACAAUCGAUCGCUGGUUCGAUCGGGCGGCCCGCUCUAGUUCACAACGCUCUUGAACACAAUCCAAGUUUCUCAUCGGAUUCAAGUUUCGAAUACAUUCAAUCGUCACCGAUGGCACCAGGUGCACAGCAACCAGUGCCAAUGAUGAUGUUAUCUGCACCGCAACAACCCCAGUCAAUGAGUAUGAUGCCACAGCAAGCUCAACAACAACAACAACUUAUGUAUCGACCGGUUCAAAUACCACCAUCAUCAUACGUUCCUCAAAACUACAUGUAUUCUGUUCCUCGUCAAGGUAUGGCAUUCGGAUAUCAUCCAAUGAUGCAACAAGGCCGGAUGCUUCCAAACGGUAUGCCUAUGAUGGCGGCUGGUCAAACACUUCCAACGCCAACAAGUAAUUUCUCCAAUCCAUUAUCAUUAUUUAAUCCAAUGGCUCAGCAAAUGGUCUAUUAG